AUGGGCAUGUGCCAUGUUUUCUCGGACAUCUCCCUAUUGUUGGACAUCUCGGGGCUGUACCAGAUAGGACCGGAUGAUGAGAUCCGCCUUUAUCUUGCAUCCUUCACUGAGAGCCGGACGCCGCUCCCUGUGGGGCCAGGCACUGCUCCCUCACCAGGGCUGGAGACGCUGUCUUUGUCCCAGGGGGCCACCGACCUCCUGAGCCGGUGGACUUGGAGACCAGGAGGAGACCUAGUGCAGGAGCUGGUUGGAACGUGGACUGCUGAGGAGAGCCUCCAGAUCCUGGUGGGGACCGACGGAGACAGCUUCCCACUGAUGGAGAUCAAUGCUGUGGAUAACGACACCUCCGAGCAGUGGGAUUACGUCCUCGUGGCUGACCGCCGCACCCAGAGAGAUCCCAGGCAGGCCUACGAGCAGCGGCGGUUUCUGGAGGAGCUCAAGAGAAAGGGCUUCCAUUACAAGAUGAAGGCGGACCACGAGAAGGUGUUCUUUGGCGUCCGAGCCGACAGCAGGGUCUUGGAUCGGUACCACACACUCCUCGUGGAGCCCAAGGAUCCUGCCGUCAGAAUGCAGCCAGCCAGGCCAUCCCCCAUGCUGGCCACCACCAGAAUCCGAAUUGUCAACUUUGUACUGAAUAGCAAGACAGCAGCUGGUGACACGUUAGACGAUUUGGUGAAGAAUGGGGUCUUUGAGACCAGAUUUGCCCUGCACAAGGGGGAGGACAAGCUGAAGAAGACAUGGGCCCAGUGGAGAAAGAUGGUCCAAAAACAGCCAAUUGAUGAUAUCAGGGACUACUUUGGGGAGAAGGUGGCCCUGUACUUCGCCUGGCUCGGCUGGUACACGUACAUGCUGGUGCCCGCCGCGCUGGUCGGCCUCGCCAUCUUCCUGAGCGGCUUCUCCCUGUUCAACGCCAGCCAGAUCAGCAGGGAGAUCUGCGAGGCGCACGACAUCCUGCUGUGUCCUCGCGGGGACCACAGCCGCAAGUACCAGCAGCUCUCGGACACCUGCGUGUUCGCCAAGCUCACCCACCUCUUCGACAACGAGGGCACCGUGGUCUUUGCCAUCUUCAUGGCUUUGUGGGCCACCGUCUUCCUGGAGAUCUGGAAGCGGCAGCGGGCCAGCGUGGUCCUGCACUGGGACCUGUACGGCUGGGACGAGGACCAGGAGGAGAUGGCGCUGGAGCUCAUUAACUGCCCGGAUUACAAGCCGCAGCCGCACCAGCACUCCUACCUGCGCAGCGCCGCCAUCCUCGUCGUGUCGCUCUUGAUGAUCUGCCUCUUGAUCGGCAUGGCCCACGCCCUGGUGGUCUAUCGUGUCCUGGCCUCCGCCCUCUUCAACUCCACCCUGCUCUUCCAGGAAGAGCAGGUGACCACAGCCAUGGUGGUGACCGGGGCCCUGAUCCACUACGUGGCCAUCGUCAUCAUGACCAAGAUCAACAAGUAUGUGGCCCUCAAGCUGUGUGACUUUGAGAAGCCCAGGACCUUCUCAGAGCGCGAGCGCAAGUUCACCAUCAGGUUCUUCACGCUGCAGUUCUUCGCCCACUUCUCCUCCCUCAUCUACAUCGCCUUCAUCCUGGGCAGGAUAAACGGUCACCCCGGGAAGUCCGUGCGCCUGGCAGGGAUGUGGAGGCUGGAGGAGUGCCAUCUCAGCGGCUGCAUGAUGGACCUGUUCCUGCAGAUGGCCAUAAUCAUGGGUCUGAAACAAACGCUCAGCAACUGCGUGGAGUACCUGCGCCCGUGGCUGGCCCACAAGUGUCGUUUAGUACGGGCCAAGCUGCGCCACGCAUCCGAGGACCCCGAGCUCAGGGACUGGCAGCGCAACUACCUCCUGAACCCAGUCAACCCCUUCAGCCUGUUCGAUGAGUUCAUGGAGAUGAUGAUCCAGUACGGCUUCACAACCAUCUUCGUGGCCGCCUUCCCGCUCGCCCCGCUGCUAGCGCUUUUCAGCAACCUCGUGGAGAUCCGCCUGGACGCCAUCAAGAUGGUCAGGUUGCAGCAGCGCCUGGUGCCCCGCAAGGCCAAGGACAUAGGGACCUGGCUGCAGGUGCUGGAGAUCAUCGGUGUGCUGGCGGUCAUUGCCAAUGGAAUGGUCAUCGCCUUCACAUCUGAGUUCAUCCCCCGCGUGGUGUACAAGUACCACUACGGCCCGUGCCGACAUGGGGCCAACCCCGGAGUUGACUGCCUCACAGGCUACAUCAACCACAGUCUGUCUGUGUUCCACACCAAGGACUUCCAGGAUCCCAUCCGGAUAGAGGGCUCAGAGAACGUGACUGCGUGCAGGUACCGGGACUACCGCAACGAUAAGGACUACAACCUAUCCGAGCAGUUCUGGGUCCUCCUGGCCAUCCGCCUGGUCUUCCUGAUCCUCUUCGAGCACGUGGCCUUGUGCAUCAAGCUCAUUGCCGCCUGGUUCGUGCCUGACGUCCCUCAGUCUGUAAAGAACGAGGUUCUGGAGAAGAAGUACCAGGCACUCUGGUCCAGCCCCAAGAGCACAGAUGUGUAGGAGACCCAGAGCUGGCCAAGAAGCACUGGUGCCCAGGAGCUGGGACUCAGAGCCACCCCCUCACCUCCCACCCCAACUCAUGGCAUACGUGUGGGGUCCUGGGAGGCCAGUGUAUACCCGGUGGUGGUAGGGGGAGGUCUUGGAGGCCCCUUGUAUGUUUGAGGUGUGGUCUAGGAGGCCUGUUCCAUCUGUCAACAGGGUUCAGGGUUGGUAUAGCCUUGACUUGAACUCUGAUUGCCCUCUGCCACCCCCAGAGCUAGGGCAUCGGGUGCUUCUCAGCAGUCAGAACACAGGAAAGCCAGCCCGGUAUCCUGAGCCCCUCUCUAACUUGUGGGGCCCAGAUCCUCCUCCCCUCCCCCACCCUGGUUGGUCAGGGGGCCCUGAUCCCACCUCUCUGGCUCCCCUCAGGCUGCAGAACUUUUAUAAUAAAAUAAAAACUUCUUCGUGUCAA